AAAUCGAGUUCAGGCUCUACAUAACCUGCUAACUAACCUCGCAGCAAUCUUGUUUGAAUGAAGAAAACACACCGAACCCACGUGUUUGUCGAUUGUCGUUACAUUUCUGUUUCCUCGUGUUUUCCAAUCUCGAAAUAAAGUUACAACUCACAAUAUGGAAGAAUAUAAACUCGGUGCACUGGGCGACCUGAUUUCCGGAGGAAAAUCACCUGGCAAGGGACUUGGAAACAAAAAGUCGCCUAACAAACGUGCAGCAGGCACCCCAAAUGGCAAGGCUGGACCUAUUGCCAAUGCAACACCAAAUGCUAAACGCACACCGAUGAAACGCAAAAGCAACGUGGGUCAAAACCAAAGCCCCAAGAAAGUGAAACAACUUACUACAGAAGAGGAUGAUGAAGAUGAUGAAGCUGAGGAAAAUCAAAAUAAUUCAAUAGAAUUUAAUCCUGAAAAUGAUGCAGCAGAGGAUUCUGAUGAGGAUGAAGAUGUUGAUGAAGAGGAAGAUAUGGAUCAAGAUGAAGCUGAAUCAGAUGAAAAAGAUGGUGAGGACAACUUGAAUGAAGAAGAUGAUGAUGAUGACAAUGACUCUGAUGAAGAAGAGGAAGAUGAUGAUGAUGAACCUGAAGAACAGUCAAGUAAACCCACAAAUGAGAAAAAAGGAGAUGCAUCUAAGCUUAGAGAACUCUUCACAGAUAGAACAAUUUUUGUUGGCAAUAUUAAAAUUGGUUUACAAAAGAAACUGGUUAUAAAGCAUUUCAAAAAGUAUGGAGUUGUUGAAUCUGUCAGAUUCAGAUCAGUUGCUGUUGAGAAUCCCAUGCUUGGCAAAAAACUAUCCAUUCAGAAGAACAAGUUACAUGCUCAAAGGACCACCUGCAAUGCAUAUGUUAGAUUUGCAAAUGUUGAAAGUGCUCAGAAAGCAGUUGAGGGAGAAAAUGGGAAAGAAUUUUAUGGAUUACACAUGAGAGUUACAAUGUCUUGUACAAAGUCUCUUUCCUAUGAUAACAAGAAAACCUUGUUUGUUGGAAACUUAUCAUUUAAGGCCGAAGAAGAAGCCCUGUGGACUGCGUUUGCUUCAUGCGGCGAAAUUGAAUCAGUGCGCAUCGUUCGUGAUAAACGCACGAAUGUAUCCAGGGGUUUCGGCUACGUUAACUUCAAAUCACCCGACUCCGUUCAACUAGCUAUGGAAAUGGGAGAUGUAGUUAUAUUCAAUCGUACUGCGCGUUUGUCCACCAGCGAGUUUGUUCAAAAAGUAAAAACUCUCGACCCGGCUAAUGAUUGCUGCGUAUUCAUCGCUGGUUUCAGCGCAGGUACACCAAAAGGCGCCGUUAUAUCCGCGUUCCAAAAAAUUGGGCCUGUCGCAAAAGUACGUUUAGUCAAAGAUAAGUUCACACACAAAAACACUGGCUGCGGUUUUGUUACAUUCAAAAACACUGAAGCGGCGCAGAGCGCGUUACAGAAAGAAAUAACGAUCAACAACCAGCUAGUACAAGUACAAGUUCCGAGGACUACAUUAAAAGGCGCGAGGAAAGCUAGAACUGAAUAUGAUGCGAGUCCGAAAAAGUUCCCCGCGUAUAAGGGAAUGCUACAUUUACGUGGGCCGAAACCGAAAGGUAGAGUUGGUAAACCGUUGAAAAAGAACGAGAAGCGAAAGAGUACUGGUGGAUCUCCACCGAAAUCCUUCCAAGGAUCGCAGGGGAAGACCAAGGGAGAAAAUGAUAAAGGAAAAGUCAAUCGCGGACAGUUGAUGAAGAAAAAGAUGGCGAAAAAAGUAGCACCUAGGGCGUAAUGCAUUUUUUGUGUUAUAAUAUGUUUCUUUUAACUAUUUUGUUCCACAACAUACAUUUAAACUGACUUAUAUAAUUAUACCUAAUCGCUGAAAUCA